GGGUGCAAGGCGGCCGCUGGAGCAGAGCAAGCUGCCGCUCUCGCAAGCUUUGGAGGCAGAGCUGCAAUGUUCCGGAUCGAAGGUCUCGCGCCGAAGUUGGACCCGGAGGAGAUGAAACGGAAGAUGCGUGAGGAUGUGGUCUCCUCCAUUCGGAACUUCCUCAUCUACGUGGCCCUGCUGCGAGUCACUCCAUAUAUCUUAAAGAAGCUGGAUAGCAUAUGAGGCUUGGGAGUCCCAUGGAUGCAUGGCAUGAAGAACCACCUGGUGACAGCUUCUCCUCCUGUCUGCAGAUGAAAUGGCCCAGAAAGGUGUAAGACUGAUUAAACGGACAUUAAAAAAACGAAAACAAACAAACAAAAAAAAAACUACUUGUUAAGAACAAGUUGGGCUUUGAGAACUGACCUCCAUAGAUGAAAUAUAAAACUACUUGGGAAGUGCAAAUAUCCACCUCUGUGAGUGUUGCCGGAAUUGUAGAUAAUGCCAGACUCUGAGGGGCCUAUGUCUCAGCAGUCAUUUCUGUUUACGACUUCUGUUCAAAGUGUUACUUGGGAAGAGUCUGUUUGGAAGUCAGCAUACACCCACAAUGACUUUAAGCACAGUCUAUAUUUUUAAUAAACAUUCUGAUGAAGGAA